GCUUCCUCCGUACCCUCUUUCCCGUGUUAUGUGGACGUAGUAUUUCUAUGAACCAGUCUCUUGGGCAGCUGUGUCAGGUUAGGUAGCAAGUGAUUAAUCAAGCCAGCUCGACUACCAACUGCCGCCUGCCCAGAAAGUGUUAUCAUCCUCGCAUCACAGCAGGCUCCGUCGACUAUUGGCUCUGUCGUCGUUCCCCGGUUCACAUACGUUUACGUACACGAGGCCGACUCAUGGCGUUAUCUCUGGAACACAUAUCAUCCUUUCAACUGGGUCACGCAUUCUCACAUUCUAUACACGGGCAGCCUUUAGCGCGUACAUCCUCCACACCCUCUUCCGUCUCUCACUCCAGUCAACGGCUAACCGUUCAGUGCGGCCGGCACGCCGGCUCCCUUAGACGGCCGAAGUCCACCAGGCGGAAGGCGAAGCCCGCGCGUUCCGCGGAUGCACAGCGCGCGGGGAAGGGCGGGAAAGGGGGCGGGGGGGCGUCACUGAGUGAGGAGGUGUUUUCGCUGGGGAAGGGAUGGCUGGUGGACCCCGCCGCGCUCAUAGGCGGAGAGAGUGGCGGGGCGGAAGGGCGCGGGGGAGCGGACGGCGGAAGGGCAACGGGCGCGGGGACGAGAGGGGGAAAUGAGGCGGUGGCGGUAGCAGGGCUGGAUGGCAGGACUCGAAGCACACAUAAACUGCUCAAGAUUUUCUCAGGCACCAACCGGGGCAGGCGUCUUCUGUCCCCUGCGGACCGCAACGUGCGCCCCAUGAUGGAGAUGGUGCGGGCGGCGGUGUUCGACAUGCUGCACUCGAUGCUGCAGUCGCCGCAGCGCCUGCCAGCCAACACCCGCUGGCUGGACCUCUACAGUGGCACUGGCAGCGUGGGCUUGGAGGCGCUCAGUAGAGGGUGUGGGCAGGCUCACUUUGUGGAAAUGGACCCCUGGGUGAUCUCAUCCGUGCUCUCCCCCAACAUCCAAGCCUGCUCCUUCUCCUCUACCGCCACCAUCCACCCCCUCAAAGUCGAGUCGUUUCUCCAGCAAGCAGAGGACAGAGGAGCGGAUUGGUUGGGAGGCCCCUUCAGCUUCAUCAGUGUGACCCCUCCAUAUGAGCUCGUCGUCUACAGUCAACUAAUGGCGCAGCUGGCUCUGUCACCCCUCUUACACGAAGACACAUGCAUGGUGGUGGAGUAUCCUCUCAAAUCAAGGGAUGAGAUCUUGGACACAUGUGGACCAUUGCAUAAGAUUAAAGAUCGAAAGUACGGUCGAACCAAUGUGGCCAUCUAUGGUCCUGCCUGGGCUCUUCAUGAUAUUCAAUGAUGCCAUGUUGUUUGUGUAUGAUCCAGCAUGCAUUCCCAGGAUCACAAACUAUGUGGGAUUGUAUGCAUGAAAGCGACAUUGUUAUCAUCAAUGCAUUUUAACGGAGGCUAAUGCGAGGUGUUAAACACUAGUUU